AUGGAAAGAGUUAAUAGCAGCACCUUCUCCUGGUUCGUCCUCUUGGGCUUCUCCAACAGACCGCAACUGGAGACGGCUCUCUUUGCCGUCAUCCUGAUCGUCUACUUUCUUAGUGUUCUAGGCAAUGGCACCAUCAUACUUCUGUCAGUUGUGGAUCCUCGUCUCCACACCCCUAUGUAUGUAUUUCUCUCCAACCUGUCUUUCAUGGAUCUCUGUUUGACCACUUGCACUGUCCCUCAGACUCUGGUCAACUUCAAGGGGAGGGACAAGACCAUUACCUAUGGUGGCUGUGUGACCCAGCUCUUCAUUGCCCUGGGACUUGGGGGAGUAGAGUGUGUCCUCUUGUCGGUCAUGGCCUACGACCGCUAUGCAGCUGUCUGCCGCCCUCUCCAUUACAUGGUCAUCAUGCACCCCCAGCUUUGCCUGCAGCUGGUUGUAACUGCUUGGCUCACAGGUUUUGGCAAUUCUGUGGUGCAGACAACACUGACCAUGACCCUACCCCUGUGUGGGAGGAACCGAGUGGACCAUUUCUUCUGUGAGGUUCCCGUGAUGCUGAAGCUGGCCUGCACCAGCACUGCCGUCAAUGAGGCUGAACUCUUUGCCGUCAGCGUCUUCUUCUUGGUAGUGCCCCUCUCGCUCAUCCUUGUGUCCUAUGGCCACAUCACUCGGGCUGUCCUGAAGAUCAAGUCAGCCCAGGGGCGGCGCAAAGCUUUUGGAACCUGUGGCUCUCACCUCCUGGUGGUGAUCAUUUUCUUUGGCACGCUCAUCUCCAUGUACCUCCAGCCUCCUUCCAGUUACUCACAGGAUGUGAACAAAAGCAUUGCUCUCUUCUACACUCUGGUGACACCUCUGCUGAAUCCCCUGAUUUACACUCUGAGAAACAAGGAAGUAAAAGGGGCACUAAGGAGACUUGUGGGGAGCACACCGGACUCAAUGCAGAGUCAAUAA